AUGUGUGGCUGCAGAGCAAGCAUUCCCAGCACGGAGCAGUACUCGGUCAAUCAGCCAGCUCCUGCUUCCACCAAAAAAAGCCCUUUGUCUGCUACAGGCAUGCCCAAGUGCAGUAUACCCAUAGCCAAGCAGCUGGCAUCAAUAAAAGCUCUAGGACAAGGCUCAGACCUUGAAAAAGCUUUUGCUACAGUGGCUUUGGUGUAUAACAACAAUGCUGACCCCGAGGGCAAGCUCAGCAGAGCUGAAACCAAGAGCUUGCUGCAAACCCAGUUUUGGCACUUCAUACAGGGCCAGAAAACAAACCAAAAUACCAGGAGAUAAUUUUCUGACCUGGAUAAGGAGCCAGAGAACAAUGAUUUUGAAGAUUUCAUGAUGACAUUAGUCAUGCUCACUUUAAUGUCUGACCUCCUGCAGGAGAUCAAAAACGUGAAAACCACAAAAUGAUCUGUGCUUUAAAAGGAGAAAUAGCUUGACACUUUAUAAGGAAGGCAUGAGUGAAUUACACACAGAUAUCAGCGUGUGCCUGGA